AGGGUUAAGAACGCCCGACGUCUCCGCCCGGUCUCGAGCAAUUCCACGGUUGUUCGGCCACUCUGAUGGUUCCUUUGCUCGCCGCCGAUCCUGAGCAUCCGAUUAUCUAUGUGUGCGUCGCCCAUGGUACCACCGUCCUCGCUGAGCUCUCUCGCUGCGCCGCCGAUGCACCCCUCGACGGCGACGAGAACCACCAUCUGCCUUCGCAGCUCGCGGACCAGUGCCUCGCCUUCGCGCCCCGCUUCCACCGCCAAUACUCCCACACUGCCGGCGGGCGGAUCUAUGCAUUCCUCAUGGCCGACCCUCUCGUAUUCUUCGCCAUCGCCGACGACGACAAGCCCCUCGCCCCCCUCCUUCUCCUCGAGCGCCUCCGCGACUCAUUCUCCUCCUCUGCGGUCCUCCAUCGCCGCUGCUCCUCCUUAUCCGAACCCCUCCCACGGCUUUUCCUCCAGGAGGACUUCCUCCCGGAGCUCCGCCGCAUGGUGCUAUCCCUCGGCUCCUGGACAGAGGAGCCUCCCCCAUCGACCGCCAUCCCUAAUCCCGUUACCAAUGUUCCUCUUCCAUCGCACUCAGACGAGGAUCAGAAUCAAAAGAAGAAGAACAGUAAGAUGGCGAUUUCAGUCGUCGAUCGCGACAUUGACGAUUCCGACCCUGGAAAUGGUGAUUCGAACUCGGCUCCCAAACUCUGGAGCCAGUAUGUUCGGAAAAUCAUUCUCAUCGAUCUCCUGCUCUGCUCCCUUCUCCUUGUAGCUUGGAUAUUGGUUUGCCGGGGCUUCCAAUGCAUCAGCCAUUGACAUCCAUCUCGAUGUGGUUGCUGCUGAUCUCUGCUCCAUCAUUACGAGCUUGAAUAUCGCUGGUAACCGAUCUCCCAGCUCUCCCUUUCUUUAUUGCAUCAAGUUGAUUUACCUUUCCGUUUGCUUUUGAUUUCACACCCCCUUGUUUCUCUGUCUGUAUCACGUCUGCAUACAAUUGUUCUUGUGAGUUUGAGGAAUUGAUAAGAUGCUUGAACUUGAGGAAUUUCA